AUGUCUUGUGCCGAAGAGUCUGAUGAUCAUUGGAGUUAUGAUGAUCCAUCCAAAUGGCAUGAGCAUUUUCCAGCUGCUCGUGGUACCUCUCAAUUGCCUAUAGAUAUUAAGUAUCAUCAUACGAUUCCUAGACAAUAUCCGCCAUUCACUUUUUCUCGUGAUAGCAUGAAUCAAACUAUGCUAGUAUUGAGAAAUACUGGCCAUCAAAUUGCUGCAACAUUACCACAACAAUCUGAAAGUGAAAAUCAAACGGAUUUGUCGGUUACUGGUGGUGGUCUAACUGGAAAAUUUGAUUUCAUCAAGUUUCAAUUACAUUGGGGUAGAAAUGACAGACAUGGAUCUGAACAUGAAAUUGAUGGACAUACAUUUCCAGCUGAAGCGCAUGUUUUCUAUAAAAAUCUUGAAACGCAACAAACUACUGUAUUUGGAUUUUUUUUUCAUGUUGUUCAGUCACUUCACGACGAAAAUCAUGAAUGGAAGAAAUAUGCACAUAUUGCUAGUCUAUUAACAAAGAUCGAUGAUAAAAUGAAUUGUACUUUCAAUUUAAGCCAUCUGAUGCAAGUUGAGAACAGACGAUUUUUUCGUUAUAUAGGUAGUUUGACAACUCCACCAUGCACUGAAGGCAUUAUAUGGACAAUAUUUGUCGAUCCGAUUCCAAUAGCUGAAGAAAGUUUAAACUUACUUCGUCAUAAUGUGAUGCGAAAAGCCUAUCGACCACUUCAACCAAUAAAUCGUCGAAUUAUUCAUAGAAAUUACAUUCAUUAA